AUGCCCACGGAAACUAAUCAAUGGAAGGCAACCCAUACAGAACCGGAAAGGGCGAACAUUUUGCCCCGUCCAGCUCGGGGUCCACGACAUAUGCAAGUUGCGGACUAUCGAAAUUAUCUGUUGGAGAAAAAGAAAACCUCACGCGGACAGCCUCCAUACCCGACACGACAAAAGUUACAGGAGCCUCCGUGGAAUGUGUGGCCGAAACCCAAUCGUACACAAAGUGUGAUCGAUCUACGCUGUGCUGAUGAUACAAACCUUCCACCGGCCCAAUUCAUCCCCGAUUCUGUCGACACGGUGGACGAUUGUCUGCUGACGCAGUACGAGGAAGAGGAUCGGAGCUGGAUGGAACAAACCAGUUCGAUUUCGAUGUGUAGUAGUCUAUGUCCUUCGCUUGGAACAGCCACACAUUCCAUGACCGAGUCAGGUUUUCCUGCGUCCGAGGUGGAACCCUGGGAAUUCAGUGAGCCGGGUGCAUUUGCACAAAUAAUAUAUCCAAUGCAUGCACGUUUGAAAUGUCACUUGUUCUCACCCACACCGAUUGGUCCAUUGGCUCGUCACAGUUGGCUUUCAUCUCAAGAAACUGUGGGACAGAUUCAGGAUGAAUUGGCCGCGUUCAUAUUGCAAAUUAAAGGUAAGCGUUGGUCUGGUCUCUGUCAUGGGAAUAAUUCGUUCGAGGCAGAGUUGUUUGUGUUUUAG